CCAAGAUGAAAGUGGGCUCAAUAUGAUGGGCCAACGCUGACCCGUCCAAGUUGAGCCCAACGACCUUUCAUUACAUUCUCAUUCUGCGCUGUUGCGGCGUGGGACGCCAAAAACAUCGCCGUCUCCGCCGUAGGUACUGCUAGUUGCAGCUUCUCCAUCCAUUGUCUGCCUCCAAGUGCCGCCGGACCGCUCCCACCUUGUAGAAGGAGAACGCAAUGAAGCUCGAUGUAGAUGUCUUGAGAUAUCUCUCCAAAGAAGAUUUUAGGGUUCUCACUGCUGUCGAAUUGGGCAUGAGAAACCAUGAACUUGUGCCUACUGAACUCAUUGAUCGAAUCGCUCGUCUCAAGCAUGGUGGCACGUACAAGGUUUUGAAAAACCUGCUCAAGCAUAAGUUGUUGCACCACGACUCUUCUAAAUAUGAUGGGUUCCGCCUUACUUACCUUGGUUAUGAUUUUCUUGCCAUUAAAACUAUGGUCAACAAAGGAGUGUUUGUGGGUGUUGGUCGCCAGAUUGGUGUUGGAAAGGAAUCCGAUAUAUUUGAGGUUGUCUGUGAAGAUGGAACAAUUCUAGCUAUGAAGUUGCAUAGGCUUGGUAGGGUUUCUUUUAGGGCUGUCAAAUCUAAGCGUGACUACCUCAGACACCGAAGUAGUUAUAAUUGGCUGUAUUUGUCUCGUCUUGCUGCACUUAAAGAAUUUGCUUUCAUGAAGGCUCUGGAAACACAUGGCUUUCCUGUUCCGCAUGCUGUUGAAAAUAAUAGACAUUGUGUAGUUAUGUCACUUGUCCAAGGUUACCCUCUUGUUCAGGUGAAGCAAUUGGAAAACCCAGAGACAGUUUUUGAGACAAUCCUUGGUGUAGUUGUUCGACUGGCAGAGCACGGUCUCAUUCAUUGCGAUUUUAAUGAGUUUAACAUCAUGAUCAAUGAUGAUGAAAAGAUUACCGUGAUUGAUUUUCCACAAAUGGUAUCCGUGUCACACCGUAAUGCACAGAUGUACUUCGACCGUGAUAUUGAAUGUAUCUUCAAGUUUUUCAGAAAGAGGUUCAAUCUUACUUUUCAAGAAAGCAUAGAUGAUAUUGAUGAUUCUGAUGAAGGGAAAGAUGAAGGUGGAAGGCCCUGUUUAUCGGAAAUAGACAGAGGCACUGGUUCUCUAGAUAGGGAACUUGCUGCCAGUGGCUUUACUAAAAAGGAUGCAGAGGAUAUUCAGAGGUUCAUUGAAGGAACGGCAGAGAGUGAUUCAAAUUCAGAUAGUGAAGGGGUUGACUCAGUGGAAGAUCUGAAUGAAGCAAUCAUUAAAGAUGAUGAUUUUUCAUAUUUGUCGGAGCAGGAUGAUGAACAUGAAAGUAAAGGAAUAGAGGAGAGCUGUGAAGCUGGUCAAAGCUAUGCAUCUGACAAGGGAGAUGCUAGUGAUGAGGAAGAGCAUGACCAAAAUGAAAUUGAAAAUGACGCUGAACUGAAUAAGAGCUUGAAUAAGCAGAGACGACAUGCGAUAGCAUCCGCCCGUCGGGGACGGAAGACUAUUGCAUCCAGGAAUUCUUACAAAGACAAAGGUGGCAGGUCAUCUCACAGUUCUAAAGUACAGAAACAGUUAAGCAGCUGGUGAGAUCUGGUAGACAAAACUCGAUCACAUGGCGGUUGAAAAUUUAAAAAGAACUAAAAAGAAAGUUAUUUCAUCAGUGCCUUUUAUGAUGUUUGGUUGGUUAUCAGGCUCAUGUACUAUCAAUAUAUGUUAAAUUCGGGGAUAGGAAAGCAGAUAGGUUGAGUCUAUUAUAAACAAUCUUAUUUUAUUUAUGGGAUAGUUAUAUUUAUUUUA